AGAUGCAAACAAUAUAAAUCACAUACUGUAUGUUUGUCUUUGUUUUCCAGAAGGAUUCUCCAUCCAAGCCAUCUGUGGCUGAGCUGGCUGGAAGGUUCAAAGGUCAUAUUCUACCAAUGCCCACCUCAAAUGAUGAGUUACGAUUUCGAAGAAAACCUCCAUGUUCCCUGAAGUUACAAAAUCCAAAAGAUGAUAACGAAGAAUCAGAUAAAACUGUUGUCUCUCCAAAUCCUUUUAAAAUCAAGAUGAAGAACUCCCCUAUCAUUGAGAAACUUCAGGCCAAUCUUGCUUUGUCACCCACUGCUUUGCUGCCUUCACCCAAGAGUCCUGAGACGAAGCUCCAGCCGGCACCGUUGUCCCCCACCACACCCCGCAGCCCGGUGAGCCCCCUGAGCCCCACCUUGCGGCCCUCACAUCAGUCGAGUGAAGAAGAGGACGGCGUCAGCUUCAGCAACCCUCCUGAAGGCACCCCGCUGCCGAGCUUCAACAAGACUCGUGCGCGGCUAUCAUUCAAGAGGCGCCCGCCCACGAGACAGCACAGGAGGUCAGCUGGAGAGGAGGCGGGAGCCUUCGGGACAGCUCUGUCCCCAUGUGAACUGUACAGCCCAAAAGAAAACGGGGACAAGGAGCAGGUUUUCGACAGCCCAGCAGAGGAUAGCGGACAGCUGGCCAGUCUGAAGACAGCUGAAGAGAAGCACAUGGACUGUGAAAUAACAGAGGAUGAGGUAGCAAAGAGUGACGCAGACAACAGGGAUCCGAAGGAGGAACAGGAAGCAGAACAAGCCCAGAACUUGGAGAGUUUGAAAGAGGAACAGCAGGCUUCAGAGCCUUGCCCUGACAAGCAGACAGAGGGCGAUGUUGACACAGAAGAGGGUCAGGAGGAGAUGGCUCAGGAGGAACACCAAGAGGGAAAUGGCCGGGUGUGAGCUGUGAAUGUUUAUGUAAGAAAGAAAAAGCAAAUGUAUGAAUAACUUAUUCAGUUUCUUAAGAUAACCGAAUAAGAGAAAAAAUACUAAUUACUAAAAGAUUUGUUUUAAAGAAACCUGUUUUUAAAUGUCUUGGUACCUGCUCUGUUUUAAGUCCCUCUGUCGCCCUCUCCUGGCCAUCUAUAUAGAACAGGUCUAUAAACACUGGAGGGUUAUGAGAAGCAGCUGUUAAACGUGUUAUUUGCAUGUUCUCUGCACAUGCAAAUAAGCUGUUGAUAAUGUAUACAUUAUCAGGCAGAGGAAAUGUGUGUCAUGUUGUACUGAGUCUGCAUGACCAGACUCCUGUCUUUAUGAUAAAUACUUUUUUUUUUCUUUGCUAAGAGUGCACUUCCAUGUCCGAAGUCUCUGUCGUGUAAACAGGACUUUGGAAAUACUGAACGCUGGGUUGACAAAAGGCAAAAAUAUUAGACUUCACAUAUAUGUUAGCACACAUAGAAAAUGGUCUGACAUACCAAAUCACAAUCACUUUAGGUUGAAAUUAUGUCAUUUGCUUAUUUAGUUUUCUUUUCAUGUAUGUUGGUCUACUUCUGCUUGUCUUUUAUUUUGUAUACUAUUUUGUAUACUACAAAAUAUUUUAAAUCACAGAGCUAAUAUGGAGGGGCUCAGGUCCUCAGCAGUUAUGCACAAAAAAGAAAAUAAACAGGCUCCUUCUUAGGUAAGAAAAGAGUUGACAUUGACAUGUGUUUGGUCAAAUGUUUGGGUAGGAACCAAUAUGAGUCAGUAUUGAUGGAUUAUAAUUUUUGGUUGACCAAUCAGUAAAUACUACCUGUGUAUCGUCUCCUGAGACAGAUAUUUGCCAUGGUCAAUGCUUAACACACUGGACAGGCUUCAGUCAGAUGAGCACAAAAAAGUACGAUUUUGUAUUGUAAGGCUCUGCACACCUACGCAAUACCACACAGGAGAUUUAAUAGUUUUCUCUCUUCUCAGCGCUGUGUCUGUAUGUUGCUGAGCCCCUGUCACUGGAGCACCAGCAGAGAGAUUCCAGCUUUUUUAUGUCCUGACAGUUAGGCUGAACGAGUAUUACCGCAUCAAAAGAGCUGUUAGGUGUGUCUUAAUACAUAACGUUACCCAUUUUGUAGAGAUAGGCCCAUUAUCGAGCAUUUUGAGGUAAUCAACGUUGGCCGAUGUCUGCGCUCACGAGGCUGCU